AUGCACCAGAAUAUUACAUUAAACAUGAAUAAAGACGAAGAUAGGAAUAAAGACGAAGAUAGGAGUGGAGACGAUGACAUGGAUGAAACCUCGCAAAAUAUUUUAGAAGCACGUUCAAAGGCUGCGCAAAGCCUCGAAAAACAAGCCAAAAAGAUGAAUGCAACCUCUCACAAGUCGCAUCCACCAGCGAAGGUUGGAGAUAACAUCAUGAUACCCACUCCUGAUGUAGACAGGGCUAAAGGAGAUCUUCGUAACGUUAUUGGAGUUGUGCUUGAAGCAUCUGAUGAUGUAUUUUAUAAGAUUGGGACCAAGCAUGGUAUCUUACAAAAAUUAUAUUGCAGGUAA